AGCGGGGUAUUCUUCCUCGACUUGGAGAGCGGGCGGCCGCUCUCUUUAUCUCAACGUGUGUUUUGCGCCACUGUAUCUGUGUUGUAGAAAUUUCAAGUGUGCGAGGAACGAGAGUGUUAGUGUACAUUUUUCACUGUGCAUUAGUUCGUCCGGCUGUUUCGAAGCGGUAGCGUUUUUCAAACGAGAGUGAGUCAGUCGAACUCAACCUCAAGUUUCAAAGUUAGUCUGUUCAAAGCGUUCAGCUAAAGAGGACGUCUAUGUCCGUUACCACCGGGAAUAAUUUCAAAUUGACAAUUUGAUAUUGCCGCGUGGAUUUUUCUUUUUGACAAAAAUACAAUUUUUUCGAACAAAAAUGACAAUAAACGCGUGUGUAUUAAAUUAAUCGGUGAAACUUAACUAUAUUACUCCAAAAUAAUCCUUUUUUCCAGUUUGUAUUAAUCGAACUUAUAUUCUAAGAUUUUUUUAUCAAUUUACCCAUGCAAAUAAAUGCUUGAAAUACAAUUUCAAAAUCACUAUUCAAAAGUGACAUUUAGAAAAUAAUUGCAGUAAAGUUAAAUUAUUUUCCAAAAAGAUUCGAUUUUUAUUUGGAAAAAAAUUGCAAUCUAGUUAACAAUUUUCAAAACGGAAAAAAGAUAAAUAGUUAAAUUCUAUUUAUUUUGUGAAUUGUUUUGUUGGUGGAACGAGCAAUAAGUGGUUCUUUUCUUUGAAUUUGAUAAAUUUUUGUUGAAAAUCUUGCCGUCAUUGCGGUUGGCAAGAAGCGAAUGCAGCAAGCAAGACCCUGACAUUGGGAUUUUCUAGUAUUAUAAUAGUGAAGCGCAGACUUACCAUGCUGCCACGGGAGUUGUUCGUUUUGGCGACGUUGACGACCCUCAGCGUCGCGACGUCCGCCGCUUCCAUUGAUUUUGAUCUUGGAGAUUAUGAGGUGCUCACAGAUACCGAAGAAAAAUCUACGGAUGAUAGCGAAAAUAAUAAUGACGCAGAAUGGCUUCAAAGCCUUAUUGUCAAUAAACAUGGCAUUAUUAUUGAUAAUACGUGUGAAUCAAGUAACACUGAUGCAUCGACCUCAACAGAGUUAUUUCAGGAGUCUUCAUUCUCUGAUUUGGAAACUAAUUUAUCAAAAUUAUCGAUAGUGCAAGAAAAGGAUGUCAUUGAAUCAAGUGAAAUUGUUUUAAACGAAGAGGAGCGAGAAAAAUUAAAUCGAUUUAUAAAUAAUGCAAAGAAAAUGACCACAACUAUUUUAUCUUUUAAAUUCGGCAAAAAAAGACUUAAAAAAAUGGCUCUAUCUGCGAAGAAUGACUAUGAAGUUAUACCAGAGGAAACAAUUAAAGCUAUUGAGGAUAUCAAAUUACUGGAAAAAAAUUGGUACCCCUGAACAAAGCAAAUAUAAAUAAAAGCACAAAAGGAACUCCGCUAAACGAUUUAGAGGAAAGAUUGUUGCCAUUAAUAUAAAGCGAAAAAAAGGAUAGCGCAAAUAAUUCAACAAGUAUUGUCAUAAAAAGAGAGCGGAAAUCACCGUUAAUUAAAAGGGCUACUUUGCUCCAUGUCAUCAGGAGAUGAAUCUGAUUCAUUUGAAUCACCACCAUCAAAACAAGUAAAGACUAUCAUCAGUGGCCAGCAACCUGCUCGAAAACUACUACCGAAGAGUGGUGGAAGUGUUCUCCUCGACAAGCUGAAAAAGUUAUCAACGCAGUCGUCAACGUCACCAGAAACGUCAAGACCAUCUUCCUUUUCAUACCAAAAUCGAGAUAUGACUGCAGAAUUGAGGGCAAUGCAUGAGGAAAAUUUGGCAGUUUUAAAAGAAAUUUCUUCAACCCUGUCAAAUAUUUUAUUAGUUUCACUGGAAACCCUUGAAGUUUUAAAGCAAGCCAGUGUGGAGGGCAAAAAAAUUUAAUUACUUUUA